AUGGAUUACACCCUGGAGUCAAAUGGGUCCAUGACCACAGAAAAUUAUUAUCCAGACUGGCUGUCCAGCUCCUGCCGCACUGCUUCCAGCUCUCUGCUUCUUGCUUUGCUUUGCUGCCUCCUCUUUGUCUUGGGCCUGCUGGGGAAUGCCCUGGUCAUUCUGGUUCUGGUAGCCUGUAAGAAGCUGGGAAGCAUGACUGAUGUGUACCUGCUCAACCUGGCCAUGUCUGACCUGCUCUUCGUGUUCUCCUUCCCCUUUCUGACACACUACACUCUGGACCAGUGGGUCUUUGGGAACACCCUGUGGAAGGUCAUCUCAGGAGUUUAUUAUAUCGGCUUCUUCAGCAGCAUCUUUUUCAUCACCAUGUUGAGCAUGGACAGGUACCUGGCCAUCGUCCAUGCAGUCUAUGCCUUGAGGGUGAAGACAACCAGGAAGGGCGUGGCUGUCAGCCUCCUGGUGUGGUUGGUGGCUUUUUUAGCCUCUGUCCCUUUGCUGGUGUUUUACCAGGUGUCUUCCGAGGAGGGCACCCUCAAGUGCUAGUCCUUCUAUGAUGACAGAACUAUUGAGUGGAAACUCAUCACCCACUUUGAAAUCAAUAUCCUGGGCCUUGUCAUCCCACUCAGCAUCCUUGUUUACUGUUAUGCCAACAUCCUGAGGCACCUGAAGGGGUGUCAGAACCAUCACAAGAUCAAGGCCAUCAGGCUGGUCCUCAUCGUAGUGGUGGCACUUUUCCUCUUCUGGGUUCCCUUUAACAUGAUGCUCUUCCUGAAUUCCCUACACAACCUGCAUAUACUGGAUGGGUGUGACUUGAGUCAGAAACUCACCCAGGCCACCCAGAUAACUGAGGUCAUCUCCUUCACCCACUGCUGUGUCAACCCUAUAAUUUAUGCUUUUGUAGGGGAAAAGUUCAAGAAGCACCUCUCUGAUAUCUUUGAGAAAUUCAAACAGUAUCCCUGGCUAGACAAAGAGCACAUGGAUGGAACAUUUGGGCACCUAUUCUCUUCAUGAUCCUUCAGCAUCGAUGAUAUCUUGUGAAACAUUGUAACUUUGUGUAU